AUGCGCCAUGGGUUUGACGAGGAUUACAACUCCGAGCAGUUUCUUCUGUCUCUUGCCAACACAUUCUAUAUAUACUUCGACGAUAAGCGGCAUAACACCAAUGGCAACCCAGUCACGGAAGAAAUGAAGCGGCUGCCGGAAUUCUCAAAGAACUAUCAGGCUAUUCGUGAUUGGAAAGUCAUGAAGGAGCGGCAGAAGACCAUUAGUGCUGUUUUGGUUCUAUGUCUCAACUUGGGCGUUGACCCUCCAGAUAUCAUGAAAACGUACCCUUGUGCAAAGCUAGAGGCGUGGUGUGACCCUUCAGCGUUUCCCGAUACAAAGAAAGCAAUCGAGGCCAUCGGCAAGAACUUGCAAUCGCAGUAUGAGACGCUUUCGCUUCGAACUCGUUAUAAGCAGUCCUUAGACCCAUGCGUAGAGGAUGUCAAGAGGUUUUGCAACACACUAAGACGAAACGCUAAGGAGGAACGUAUAUUGUUCCAUUAUAAUGGUCAUGGUGUACCUCAGCCAACUGCCAGCGGAGAGAUAUGGGUGUUCAACAGGGGCUACACUCAGUACAUCCCAAUUUCCUUGUAUGAUCUCCAAACGUGGCUUGGGGCACCAGUAAUUUUUGUUUACGACUGUAAUUCUGCUGGCAACAUUGUGCAUAAUUUCAAAAAGUUUGUUCAAAAGCGUAUUGAUGAUGAUAACGAAGGGAAUCACGACUUGAGCGCUCCCUCACCAACAUCAGCAUACCUUGACUCGAUUCAGUUAGCGGCAUGCAAGUCAAAUGAGACACUCCCCAUGAGUCCAGAACUACCGGCUGACAUGUUUACGAGUUGUUUAACAUGCCCAAUUGACAUUUCCAUAAAAUGGUUCAUUAUGCAGCUGCCUCUCAAGGACUCAUACUACCUGAUGCUACCAAGGAACAGCAAUGGUAAUGUCAUCAUACCAGGAAAGCUAACGGAUCGGCGAACGCCUUUGGGUGAGUUGAACUGGAUUUUCACAGCUAUUACAGAUACUAUUGCAUGGACCUCGCUUCUGAGGCCAAUCUUCAAAAAACUCUUUCGACAAGACCUUAUGGUUGCGGCGCUUUUCCGUAACUUCCUAUUGGCAAAACGUGUGAUGCCUCACUUUAAUUGCAAUCCUGUGAGUGAUCCGCCAUUACCCGAAUCAGUCAGGUUCCAUUCUAUGUGGAACUCAUGGGAUUUGGCCAUAGAUCAGGUGUUCGCACAGUUGAUUAAAAACAAUAAUCCUGAUCCAUACUCAUGCACUGUUCCAGCUCCAGCACCUUCGCAUACGCCUCUCAACUUGCAUGAAGUAAAUGGCUCCUCAUCGGCCAAUGGAAGCAGAGCAAGCGUUUCUCUCUCCCAACAGCAAAGUCAACAACAACCACUCCCGGGACAACACCCGAUGCUUUCUAAUUAUCAACACUCUACAUUUUUCGAGCAACAACUCACUGCUUUUGAUAUCUGGCUAAAGUACGAGGGACCAUCCACAAAAAAUCCUCCCGAACAGCUUCCUAUCGUCUUGCAGGUCCUUCUCUCGCAGGUUCAUCGGUUGCGUGCUCUCAUAUUACUCUCCAAGUUUUUAGACUUAGGGCCCUGGGCAGUUUACUUAUCACUAUCCAUUGGCAUUUUCCCAUAUGUUCUCAAGUUGCUUCAGAGCCCAGCACAAGAACUCAAGCCGGUAUUGAUUUUCAUUUGGACGAGAAUCAUGGCUAUUGACUACAAGAACACGCAGCAAGAGCUUUGCAAGGACAAAGGCUACAACUACUUCUAUCUCAUUCUCAACUCAUCCCCACAAAACUCGAUCGGGGCACCGGGAGCUCCAGGAGGUAAUAUGAAUAGCUCAAAUGGAGGAAGUGCAUCCGUCAUGGUGAAUGAUGAUCACAAAGCGAUGAGUGCGUUUAUCUUGACACUAUUUAUAAAGGACUUUAAAAAUGGGCAGCGUUUGUGCUUUUCCAUAGAGCUUGUCAGCAACUGUCUCAAGUUUUUGCAGCUGAGUGAGAACCCAUUGCUUAGACAAUGGUGCUGUUUGCUUCUAUCACAGCUUUGGUAUAAGUACAAAGACGGAAGAUGGAUAAUCUACAAGGAUGGCUAUUUGGCCAGGCUCCUCACAUUGAUCAAUGACCCAAUCCCUGAAGUGAGAACCUCGAUUAUAGUUGCGUUGACAACUUUCCUAACAGAUCCGGAUGAGCUGGUAAGCAGUUCGCCAAAUAAAAUGGGUGGCAAUCUGGGAAAUGGUAUGAACUCUGACUUGAGACAAGACGAAUUGAGGCAGCAGGAUCUUAAACUUGCAAACGUCAUCUUGAGACUCAUGGGUGACGGUUCAACUAUUGUGAGAAAAGAGAUUGUGUUCUUCAUCAACAGGUUUGUCAAAAUCUACAGCAAAUUUUUCAUGGUGGUGGCGUUCAAUCAACUCGAAGAAGAAAUUGUUUUGAUCGACAAUCCUAAUAACCUUCAAGAGUUCCGCAAAAAGUCACCUGCCUAUGGUUCUAUCUUCAGCUCCAUAUGGAAGGCGCUCUUAAUUCUUUCUGAAGACCCACACCUUGAGGUCAAGCAGCUUGCUGAAACUCUUAUCGAUUCAGUAAUGAUGAAACUCAAUGAAAGUGAGUUGAGUGACCUCGUCGAGGAAAUGCAAGAUUAUCUAUUGAGUAAGUCCACCAUCAGCAUCUCAGAGAAUCUCAAACCAGUGAAGCCUAUCAUGAACCGGCAGCCAAUGAUGAUGCAGAAUUCAGCUGGCAUGAAGAGACAAGCAUCUAGUGGAUCAGUUCUCAACAGAAAGAAUGCUUUGACCAUUGAUGGGACGUCCCUUAAAACCAGAGCGGUAUCUCAUGGCAACAUGAACAACCGCACUGUCGAUCAUGACAAUGCCCUGGAAACCUCAUCAAUUUCCUCCAAACUUAAACGCUUGAGUCUUUCAAAACUUUUCAAGAGUUUCCAGAUAAAUGAUGAUGCGGAGCUCAACAACUUCACCCGUAUGUUGAAGUCUGGGCCAGUGGCAAGUCAUUAUGGCUCAGAAUACAAGCCAAAGACGCCAAGAUAUGUUCCAAGAAAUUUCAAAAAGGAACCUGAGCUACCAGAAGAAUCUGGCUUUUUUGAAUAUAGUUGUGAAUACUUCCAGGAGCCCCAAAUGUCAAAGACAGAGAUAGAUGAACCAGGCUCUAAAGAAUACAUGAAGAGGCUUUGGAGAAGAAACAGAAACGAAAGCACCAUUCAAGAAACCCAGCCACAGAAGAAGAUGGCGAUCAGGGGUGACUGGAAUAGAGAUUUGUCUAUUCUCAACAACAAGUCGCAACCCAAACUCAUAAAGUUCAUGCAAUUUGAAAAGUUACUAGUCGCAUCAGACGAGAAGGACAAUGUUUCCGUAUGGAACUGGGAAGGCAAAGAGGUCGUUAAGAAGUUUUCAAAUGGCAAUCCGUUUGGAACAAAGAUCACGGAUAUCAAAUUCAUAAAUGAAGACGAUGUGCCUUUGGUUAUGACGGGCUCAUCGGAUGGUGUAAUAAAAAUUUAUAAGAAUUUCCACUUUGACGAGGAUGAAAAGGAUGUUGAGUUAGUCACCGCUUGGAGAGCGUUGACUGAUUUACUCCUUACUUCUAAGAGUUCUGGACUCAUCAGUGAAUGGCAGCAAUCCAGAGGCUCACUUUUGGUCAGUGGUGACGUCAAGAUCAUCCGUGUUUGGGAUGCCCCCCGAGAGCUUUGCACAAUCGAUAUACCCGCUCGUUCGUCAUCGUCCAUCACCUGCCUUACCUCAGAUCAAGUUGCAGGCAACAUCUUUGUGGCAGGAUUUGAUGAUGGAAGUUUACGAGUCUACGAUAGAAGGCUUGAUGCGAGAGAGUCAAUGGUAAAAGUAUGGCAGAAUGGACGAGGCAAUAUCAAGGAUAUGGGUACCGGUUCAAUCCGCAACGUGCACUUACAACGUGGUGGUUUUAGAGAACUUGCCAGUGGAUCUUCCGAUGGGUACGUGAAUCUUUUCGAUAUCCGUUCCACCGAACCAGUGCUCACUUUCAGAAGCGACGAACGCAACAUUCGUUGCAUGGAUGUUCACGAACACGCGCCAAUCAUCACUACAGCUUCCAAGCUGGUGGAUAUAUGGACUACAUCAGGAGAUAUGAUUCACACUCUCCGAAACCCUCAUGAUCAUUACUUGACCAACAGAACACUGAAUUACUUAUCUGGGGUAGCAUUCCAUCCACAUAGGAUGAUGAUUGCCACGAACUACAACCAGGACGGCCAUAUCAACGUAUAUCUGUGCAGUGAUAUCGUUGAAGAAUUUUAG